GACUCAAUCAGGACUGAUCUCGUUACGCGCAAGAGAGGAAUGUGGUUCCAGUACUAGUAAAAGAAAACGGCAGGGACAUAGAAUCUGAAUAAAACCUCAACACGGAUUGGUUAAAACUGCUUUAAAGCUACAUUUUGGAUUGUAAAAUAAUUAAUAAGACGUCGAUCACCGAGUUGGACGAUCUCUGAUUUUAAGGAUAUUAGUCGGUGUGAAUUCACAAAAUAGUUCCACUUUGGAAGUGAGGGUCUGUUGCCAACCUGGUCCAGCAGGUGUUCAUUUGAAGUUCCCUCAGCACAGAGCAUCUUCACCGCCGCCACCCAUGAGGCUGCUUGGUCCCUGUCCCCUCAAGCAUGAUACCUUCCCUCACUGGCUGCCCUGUCAGGGUUUUAAACAAGAGAGAUUUGUGAUUUGACUUUGAAGUCCUCACCGCUCUCUCCUGCUGUCUGCACUGCUGAGAGAAUCAUCUUCCCAAAACACCUUUGCUUUGCUAGAGCAGCACACAGCCACACCACCCAGUCAUCUGCAACCCCUCACCACCCAGCCGACACGAUGAAGAGCAAUGGGGUCUUCCUCAUUGUCUGUGGAGCUUGCUUCUUGCUCUGUCUUCAAGCCGAGGGUGGACAGAACCCAGACCACAUGCUACAUGGCACAGGGAUGAAGCACGGCUCGGAGCCGAAGAGGUCGCAGGCAGCUGAUGGCUCCACCGUGGCGCCCGAGGACGCGGCCCGCUUCCUCAGCUGCUACUGCCUGGGCCACUGCCCUGACAACGCCAUCAACAACACCUGCGAGACCAAUGGGCAGUGCUUUGCCAUCAUUGAAGAAGACGAGCAUGGCGAGGCUGUCCUCACAUCUGGCUGCAUGAAAUAUGAGGGAUCCCACUUCCAGUGCAAGGACUCGCCCAAUGCCCAGGCAAGACGGACAAUUGAGUGCUGCUCCACGGACUUCUGCAACCGAGAUUUGCAGCCCACCCUACCGCCUGCACUCCCGGAUGAAUUGUUUGUGAGUGCCCACUGGCUCGCCUUCCUCAUCUCCAUGACGGUGUGCUGCUUUACUGUCAUUGCUAUCACAAUUGUGUGUUACUACAGGUAUAAGCUGCAGACGGAGCGGAGGCGCUACCAGAGAGACCUGGAGCAGGACGAGGCCUUCAUCCCAGCUGGAGAGUCCCUCAAAGACCUCAUCAGCCAGUCUAGCACAGGCUCUGGCUCAGGGCUCCCCCUGCUGGUCCAGCGUACUAUCGCUAAGCAGAUCCAGAUGGUGCGUCAGAUCGGGAAAGGCCGCUACGGCGAGGUGUGGCUGGGCCGCUGGAGAGGGGAGAAGGUGGCAGUGAAGGUGUUCUUCACCCGUGAGGAGGCCAGCUGGUUCCGCGAGACCGAGAUCUACCAGACUGUCCUGAUGAGACACGAGAACAUCCUCUGCUUCAUCGCAGCUGACAUUAAGGGCACGGGAGCCUUCACCCAGCUAUUCCUCAUCACGGACUACCAUGAGAACGGCUCCCUGUACGACUACCUGAGGUUCACCACCCUGGAUACGCAGGCCCUGCUCCGGCUGGCCUAUUCUGCGGCCUGUGGCCUGUGCCACCUUCACACAGAGAUCUACGGCACACAGGGCAAGCCGGCCAUCGCCCACCGCGACCUCAAGAGCAAGAACAUCCUUAUCAAGAAGAAUGGUACUUGCUGCAUCGCUGACCUGGGCCUGGCUGUGAAAUACAACAGUGACACUAACGAUGUGGACGUUCCUCUGAGUACUCGGAUGGGAACACGGCGGUACAUGGCCCCGGAGGUGUUGGAUGAGACUCUCAACAAGAACCAGUUCCAGGCCUACAUCAUGGCUGACAUCUAUAGCUACGGCCUCGUGGUUUGGGAGAUGGCCCGACGGUGUGUGACAGGAGGCAUUGCAGAAGAGUAUCAGCUGCCUUACUGGGACGUUGUUCCUUCAGAGCCAUCUUACGAGGACAUGCGGGAAGUAGUGUGUGUAAAAGGUGUACGGCCCACAGUCUCCAACCGGUGGAACAGUGAUGAGUGUCUCAGAGCAGUGCUGAAGCUGAUGUCUGAGUGCUGGGCCCCAAACCCAGCCUCUCGUCUCACUGCCCUUCGAGUGAAGAAAACGCUCGCCAAGAUGGUGGAGUCACAAGACAUCAAAAUCUGAGCCGUGCUUCCUCUGCUCAUCCCCCGUUGGCAGAGAGGAAAAGCAGACUCCCUUGAAAUAUUCAUGCCUCAACAAAGAAUUAUUGGCUCAGCUCACAGUCACGACUGUGGGGGGUGCUGUGGAGCAGAGCACCUCUCUCUUGCUAGGAUCCGAUAUCCUGUUGCAGUAGCACUGUGUCUUUGUAGCACCCUCUGCUGGACAGUAAGUGCCAUGUCACAUCUACAAAGUCUGCUCUCCGGCAGGUCCUUAAAACCUGAGGCUGUGAUUUCACAUGCAUCCAUCCAUUAUCCAUCCCCUGCUCUUUGACUUUGGGCACUCAUAGAUUGGGAGAGAACUGCCAAAUGAAAGUGGUGCUUUCUGUGAAAGCCAUGUAUUAUUGUGCACAUAAUGGAGAGAAAGGCACAAGUCAGUGAAGUAGACGUCUUGACACAGUGAAGAAACGUUUGGAAGAAGGCUGAGGAUUUGCUCUCCAUUUCAUUCUCUCCCUCUCUCUCUCUCACUUCCCCACUCCAUUCCUCCUUCCUGCACAGAGAGACAUGUGUGUCUGAAAGGAGGUUUUCUUUUUGCUGAUUUCAUUGUGAUAUUCAGCCUUGUGCUUGCACUGUGCUGCAAAGCAGCCACGUGAGGUGCGGCCACGUCCCUCUAGAUGCCUGCUCCUCCUCCGGCCAGUGCAGUGAACGCCGCAGAUGCAGUUGGACGUACACCCUUACUUUAAACAAAUGUUAGUAAAAGUAAAUACUUCCCUUAACUACUUAUGGAUAUCGGAUACUUAAGAGUUGGCUGAUGUGAGCAGUGGGAGCACCGAAGGAUCUAUAGAACUGUAAUGGCAUAGCUGGUGCAAUCCUUCCACUCUCUGUCCUAAAGCAGGAAACACACCACCAGCUCAUACCACCCCAGGCAUAGGAAUGCUGUCAGCAGCUCCUGUCCAGAGAGGCUGUGAUGUCACUCUGCUGUUCUCUGGGAGCACUGGAUCCGCGUUCAUUAAGCAGCAGAAACGGUCAUGACAACAACAUGAGCCAUGUAGUCGCUCCUCAUUUAAUCCCACACCCACUAUUCGUCUUGCCAUUAGAACACAUUAAUACAUGUCAGAAGGAUUUGUGAGUCGCCUAAUUAAUUAACAUGAAUUUAAACUCGAUAGAGUUUUGGGAAAAUCAAGUGACUGAUUACUUUGGUCUGGAAUCUCAUAAAUAUGUAACGGGAUAGAAAAUACAAAUGCAUGUCCUAUUUAUUCUAAUCAUGUCGUGCUGAAUUAAUUAUUGUGGCAAGAAAAAGAAUGUACAUCAUUAAGAAUAGUGUCCCUUAAACUCGCAUAGUCAAUAUAUUACUGAGCAGCUCAACACAAGCUUAUUUGACUAUUAUUUUGUGUAAUUUUAAAAACUGUCAUAACCCUUCUGCACAAAGUAGUUUUUUAAAACAUAUAUUUAAUUUAGGAAUGGUUACUGUUUUAGAAUCAAAUAUUUCUGUGGCCUACAAACAUGUUCCCACAGAUAGAUAAGUGUGCAUGUGCUGGAUAUGAACACAUACAAUAACAAAUUAUUUAUUUUCAACAUUAGCAGUUGCAAUGCAUAUAAUGUUCAUAUCAGUCCUAGCGUUCCCAUGCGUUGUACUAAAGAUUAUAUGGCGUUGUGUUAACUCAUCUUGCUUCUCCUAGAUGAUUAAAAAUCAGUGAUUUUGCUUCAAGAGAAUUUCAUUUGUGCACUCAAAAGUAACCUUUUUGUGACCAUAAAGGUGCUGGUAACCAGCACCCUACAUUAGUGGUCACUGUUCUAAGUGUAGUGCUUCUGGGAACUGCAGUGUAGAGUACUAGGAUACACAAGAAUUUACAGCUCAGACCGAUGUCGUUCAGGGCUCACAACUCUGCAUUCCACACCAUGUUGACCAUGCACUGAGAUGCGGCUAACCCUGCUGUGUUUAAUUGCUAAAGAUCCACACGCCUGAGGUCUGUCCACUGCAACCCAUAUCAGUUAAGCUGUUUUAAUAAGUGUCUUGUAGCCAGUAGAAGUUCCUCUGUAUAAUUAGAUGACCGCAGGAUAUGUUGUCCAUGUCUUACUUGUCCAUUGUGCAAAAGAAACUUGUGUAGGACUAAAAACCUUUUGUUUAUAUUUUGUACAGCAUUUGGGUUUAAGAACAGUGCCUUAUGUUUACCAAGAAAAGCUGUUCUGUACACAGAAUUUGUCCAAUAUAUUAAUUUUUAAGUAAAUUACCUUAUUUUAGUA